AUGAUCGACAAUGAUCAGACCACCCGGGAUCUUUGGCUCUCCAUCGAGGGUCUCUUUCGCGCCAACAAGCAGUCCCGGGCGAUCUUCCUCAGCCACGACUUCCACUCCAUGAUGCUGCGCGACUCCUCCAUUGCCGAGUGCUGCAGCCGCAUGAAAACCCUCGCCGACGUCCUCCGCGACGUCAGCCAUCCCGUUCAGGACUCCCAGCUUGUCCUGAACCUUCUUCGCGGCCUUAACCCGCGCUUCUCCAACACCUCCAGCACCGCCGACGACACCGCCAACUCCAUCGCCGGCUUCCCAUCCUUCGCCGAGGUGCGGGACAUGCUCGCCCUGAAGGAACUUCACCUCACCAACGAGGAGAAGAUCUCCAACUCCAACGCCCUCCUCGCCGGGACCUCCUUGUCGUCUUCGUCCUCGAGCUGUACGGCCGGGUGUCGCCCACCGUCUGGUUUUGUCCAAACUGGCAGCGGUGGUGGCAGCAAGAAGAAGUGGCAGAAGAAGGGCAGCGGUGGCUUCUAG